CAUUCUCAAUCUCAGAUCAUCAUGCUAUUUGGUAGCCUAUCAAUUAGUAUCAUAGUCAUACACUUAGAUGAAUCAUUGAUUAAAAAAAAAAUACAAUCAUCAACAUCCAAAUACAAGUGUCAUGCAAUGGGAAUUAUUUCUUUCAUGAUUAUGAUUAUGAUUAUUUCUUACAUAAUUGUCCCCCCCAUUCUAGCAAGUAAUUCCAUCAAUGUGUCUGAGUCUUUAAGUGAUGGAGAAACCUUAAUUUCAGCAGGUGGAAAAUUUGAACUGGGUUUCUUCAGCCCAGGCAAUUCUGUAAGACGUUACCUUGGGAUUUGGUACAAGCAGAUGCCUAUACAGAAAGUUGUUUGGGUUGCAAAUAGGGUCAACCCCAUCAACAAUACCUUAGGCAUCUUAACACUGACCACCUCAGGGAAUCUCAUGCUCCGCCAAAACGACUCUCUUGUUUGGAGCACAACAACACAGAAACAAGCACAGAAACCAAUGGCAGAGCUCUUGGAUAGUGGCAAUCUUGUCAUAAGAAACCAGGAUGAAACAGACUACUUGUGGCAAAGCUUUGACUAUCCCUGUGAUACAAUUUUGCCAGGGAUGAAGUUAGGAUGGGAUCUCAGAAAUGAUCUCGAACGGAGAAUAACUUCUUGGAAGAGUCCUGAUGAUCCAUCUCCAGGUGAUCUUUCUUGGGGUCUUGUGCUUCAUAACUAUCCAGAGUUUUAUCUGAUGAACAGAACAGAGAAAUACUGUCGGCUUGGACCAUGGAAUGGACUUCAAUUUAGUGGUUUGUCGGAUCGAAAACAAAACUCUAUAUAUGAUUUCAAGUAUGUUGCUAAUAACGAUUUGAAUUAUGUGUCUAAUAAGGAUGAGAUGUUCUACUCCUUUACCCUCAAGAAUUCUUCUGCAUUCGUUAGUGCUACAAUAUACCAAACAAAUAUUUCAAUCUAUGUGUGGGAGGAGAAUAAUACGAAUUGGUUGCUUACUGAAAGUACCCCGUUGAACUCCUGUGAAUCAUAUGGGAUUUGUGGGCCAUAUGCCAGUUGCUCAACUACAAAGUCACCAGCUUGCCAAUGUUUACGUGGGUUCAUUCCAAAGUCAACGCAGCAAUGGGCCUUAAGAGACUGGAGUCAAGGGUGUGUCCGUAAUAUAUCAUUAAGCUGCAACAACCAACAAAUGGAUGUGGAUGAUGAGUUGAUGAAAUAUGUGGGUCUCAAAGUACCGGAUACUACACAUACUUUGUUGUAUGAGAAUGUUGAUUUAGAGUUAUGCAGAACCAUGUGCUUGAAUAAUUGUUCUUGUACAGCUUUCACUAAUUCAGACAUAAGUGGAAAGGGCAGUGGCUGUGUCAUGUGGUUUGGUGAUCUAAUUGACAUAAGACAAUUUGACACUGGUGGUCAAGAUCUCUAUAUCCGUAUAGCUCGGGUAGUAACAGAGGCUUCAAAUGGGCGUAACAAAAGUGUGAUAACCAUAGCUGCCACCACUGCUGCUGCAAUUUUUGGGAUGCUCUUAUUCUGCAGUUAUAUCAUAUAUAAAGUCCGAUGGAGAAUUGCUGAUAAGUCAAAGAUAGACGAUAACAUUGAAAGACAUCUAGAAGAUCUGGAUUUACCUUUGUUUGAUCUGCAAACAAUUACUAGUGCCACUAACAACUUCUCGUUGAAUAAUAAGAUUGGACAAGGUGGUUUUGGAUCUGUAUACAAGGGAAAGUUAGCGGAUGGGCAAGAAAUUGCUGUCAAGAGACUUUCAACAAACUCUGGACAAGGAAUUACUGAGUUCUUAACAGAAGUAAAACUGAUUGCAAAACUUCAACACCGAAAUCUGGUUAAGCUUCUUGGCUGUUGUGUUGGAAGACAAGAAAAAUUUCUAGUAUAUGAAUACAUGGCUAACGGUAGCCUUGACUCCUUUAUCUUUGAUAAAAUAACAGAUAAAUUGCUGGAGUGGCCACAACGCUUCGAAAUAAUAUUUGGAGUAGCGAGGGGACUUGUGUAUCUUCAUCAAGAUUCUCGAUUAAGGAUUAUUCAUAGAGAUCUCAAAGCAAGUAAUGUUUUGUUGGAUCACAAGUUGAACCCAAAAAUAUCAGAUUUUGGAAUGGCUAGAUCUUUUGGAGGAGACCAGAUUGAAGGAAAUACACAUAGAGUAGUUGGAACAUACGGAUACAUGGCACCAGAGUAUGCCAUUGGUGGACAAUUUUCAAUCAAAUCAGAUGUUUUCAGCUUUGGUGUUUUACUACUAGAGAUUAUAUGUGGGAACAAAAAUAGUGCACUUUAUCAUGGAAACGAGACACUAAACCUUGUUGGUUAUGCAUGGAGAGUUUGGAAAGAGGGAAAAGCAUUAGAGUUGAUUGAGUCAAGAAUAAAGGAAUCAUGUGUUGUAUCAGAGGUAUUAAGAUGCAUACAUGUGAGUCUGUUGUGUGUGCAACAAUACCCGGAGGACAGACCUACAAUGACAUCUGUUAUUCAAAUGUUAGGUAGUGAUAUGGAAUUGGUUGAGCCUAAAGCACCUGGUUUCUGUCAAAGGAAGGUAUCUUCUGACGAAGAGUCACCAAAUCAAAAUGAAAUUAGUUCAAAUGAUGAAUUAACCAUUACAUCGCUAAAUGGACGAUGAGUGUAUAAUGUAAACAAAAAUACGGAUACUAGAUUGAUUGUUACCUGGUUGUUCUAGCCACAACUUGAAUGUCGCGCGCCACCCCUGUGGGAAGACCAUCGCAUCCACCAUCUUUUUGAACAUCCACGGUGAUACUAAACUAUCAAGAGUUCUUUUUUGUUCUUUUAAGUAACUUAAUGACCAGAAAUUCAUGCAUAGAUGGAGUUCAUGGUUCAAUUUGGAUCA